AUGACUUAUGUAAUAGGCGGAACAAUUAUCACGGCUAUGGAAACAUGCUGCUCAAGAUUUACAGCAGCGGAAGGUGGGGCAAGGCUUUCUGCAGUAGCAAGCGUGAAGAAUAUUAUAAUCACCGAACAUUGCUCCUUUGUAGCAACCAGGCUCCUGCACGAGGAUGCAUACAAGAUCCGUGGGUUGCUGAGCGAAGGCCGAAAACGAUCUGUUUACGUGACAAGGGCGUCUCGUGUAGCAUAUGUGGCUUAUGAGCUGAACAUUUUGACAGACCUUUCAGUAGCACAAUCCAUUAAGUAUGAAGAUGUUGAGGAUUGGAAGGGCCAGUUGGAAAGUAAAGAAGUCAUAGUGUGUACAUCUGGUGUUCUUCGGCGUGUUUUGGAAGAGGAGCUAUUAACUAUACCCAUUUUAAAUGUUUUAAUUAUAGACAGUUGCCAUUUAAUAUCCACCGAUGGGGACCUGAAAUAUAUUAUGAAACUCUACAAAGAAUGCGGAGAGACAGAUAGGCCCAGAUUACUCGCCCUCACGUACCCUCUGUUCGCGUCCAUAAACAAAGACGAGGAACGUAUCGAGGAUACGGACGAAAUAUCCGAUAGGAGAGAAGAUAACAAGUCUGAUGUAGGUAGCGAUGAAACAGAUAUAGCAACGAGUAGUCAAUCUAAUGUAGACAAUCCCAGUGAUGAAUUAGACAAAUUAGACAAGGCUGUUAUUGAUGAUGAGAAAAAAGAGAGUACUGAAGAAUCCAGUGUUGCUUUCAGCAAAAUAGACAAUACCAGAGAUGAUACUGACGGUAAUGACGCAGUCGAGAAAAGUAUUUCGGAUAAUGUGGGUUUGCAAUGUAAAAAUUCUGAGGACAUUAUUGAUUUGAAUAGUUACAAUCAGAACGUGUCUAAGAACAGGGGAUAUGGCAUGGGCGUGUACAGGAACGUAGACGAUUUCGAGAUGUACGAAAAGUUGGGCUGGAAGAUUGAAGAGCUGGAGAGGGAUCUGUGUUGUGAUAUUGACUUGGCCGAGGAUAUAGAUGGCGCGAAGAGAUUAUCGGGAACAGAUGCCUUGGAUUUUAUGAAUGAACAUCGAUAUGAUCCAUCAGAGAUCUAUGGGGAAGAUUUAUAUGAGGAGUUCGUGAACAUACCGGACCCAACAAAGGAGCCCAAGGAACUGUUUAGUCAGUUCUUGUACAUUUUGGACGAAUUAGGUCCCUAUGCUGCCGACAAAGCGGCCUUCGCGCUGCUCGCCAAACUGGAGAAGCUCAAGAUAAAGGUUCCCUACGAGAGACACUUCCUUCUCCUAUGCAUGUGCACCUCGCUGCUGGUCAAGAUAAGGGGCUACGCAGACUACGUGUUCUCCAAAUGCUCCAGCGACUGGGAGAAGAUAGAGGCCUUCUGCACGCCGAAGGUGCUACGCUUCGCCGAGAUACUGGAGAGGUUUCGGCCGCCGGAGACCGAAAGGGCAGAAGCUGUGGAAACCGCGGGAGCAGAAACCGAGAGGACAGUUACUGAGAGGGGAGAGACGAGGAGGGCACAAACGUUAGAGACGGCGGAUAGAGUAGAGAGGGCGGACAUCGAAGCGGAUAUAGCAGAAAAUAUAGAGACAGCAGAAAGAUUAGAGGUAAAUACAGAGAGUGCAGUUGCAAAUAACCAAGAGACCGAAAAUAUAGAAAACGAGAGGGGAGAAUCAUUAGGGAAAAUGGAAAGAAUAGAGAGGCCAGAGAUCGACAUUGCAGCAACUGAUAGAGGAGAGAUAGAGAAGGCAGAAAAAGAGGAGGUGGCAGAGAACGAGAGGCCUGUGACCCAGAAGGCAGAAACAACAGAAGGAGACAAGCCAGAAAAAGUACAUGUGGUGGGAAAUGUAGUGUGCGUAGAAACCGACAAGGCUGAAACUUUGGAGGGAAUAAAAGGAGAGCAGAAUACUGCUGUGAGGAUUAAACGUUUGUUGGACACCAUCGAGGAUUGCGACUUUACAACGCUCGGCGACCGGAUCGAGGAUCGCGUGAAUACAUACGCGGCGAACCUGAAGGAGCUCGAAGAUGCGCCGGAGCAAGACGGCGAUAGCGGCGCGAGCGAGAGGGACUCAUCUAAGCAGUGUACAAGCGAAAGCGACGAUCUCAAGGGGAGCGUCAAGGAGCUCGGGGAGGCGCCGGAGCGGGACGGCGAUAUCUGCGCGAGCGGGAGGGAGUCGGGCCCCGUCAAGUUCGGCGCGCGCAGACGUGAGCUCAAGUGCGAUGACCUUAAGGGUGUCGCCAGACGGCAGAGGACCCGCGGUCGGACAAGGGCCAGCCGCGGCCAGGCGAGGGUGCAGCAAGCGCAAUUGAGCCCGGACGCUCUCUGCGGCAUCAUGUUCGUUAGGGAGCCCCUAAUGGCGAAAAUCCUGUUCAUGCUGAUCGUGGACAUGUCAAGGAGUAGACCGGGCCUGGGCUACGUGUGCGCCCAGUACUGCGCGGCGGAGGCGACCAGCGCCGGUGCCAACGAGAUACAGGAGUGCCAGCGUCAGAACAAGAAGCAGGAGGACGUGCUCAAGAAGUUCCGAAUGCACGAAUGCAACCUUCUUCUCGCAACCUCCGUGCUGGAGGAGGGCAUUGACCUGCCCCGUUGCAAUUUGGUGAUUAGAUGGGAUCUCCCCCCUUCGUACCGUUCGCACGCGCUGUGCAGGAGCAGGGCUAGGGCGCCCCGCGCUGCCCUCACCCUCAUGGCGGAGUCUCCGUCAUGCAGCCGAAUGCUUCUGCACCAUCUCGCUAUCUACCGAGAGCUGGACCAGAUCAUCACAAGGAAAUGCGGCUGCGGUAUUCAGGAUGAGCCACCGCCCGAAGAGGAGAUUCACGCUGACGAUUUGACACCAGUCAUCAAGGCCUACUGCCCAACUAGUGUCAGACUAGCGGAGCUUGCUGACUCCAGUCUCAAGCGAGCGGACCUGAUCAAGCUGUCGAGGAAGCAACUGGAACAACUGCUGAGGGCCCUGAGCAAACGGAGGAACAACAGAAAUCCGUACUGCAACUCACCAUCAGAAGUAUUACCUAUUUAUAACAAUGAGAAGAUGACUGAAAUAUGCGGAGAAGCAAUGGCUAUGAACACCGAUAACAUGAGUGAAAUAGCAAACAGUAAAGAAGUGACAGAAGAGAUAGGAUCCAAAGAAGAGUCUCACCGCAUCAGCAUCCUCAACUUCCCCAAAGUUGAGGAUGCUGAUGCGAAAAUAGUUGAUGAUUUGUCGAUUAUGAACAACACCAUAUUGCAGUUGAUAGGUCAGUUUGAAGAUGUUAGUAUAGAAUCUGGUGACAGUGUAGAUAUUAGGAAUGCAGACAGUGGAAGGGAUUGUGAUAGAAAUGAUGGCCUUAGUAAAUUGGAAGCUAGUGUAAAUCAGUGUUUCGAGAGCCUUAGACUGAACAAGGAAUUAAAUGGUUUUGACAGUAGAAAGGAGGGCUGUGUUAGGAAGAGUGACAGUGACACCCUCGCCAGUGUGGAUCUCAGCACAGCUAUAGCCCUUAUUAAUCGGUACUGCGGCAAGUUGCCUUCGGACACCUUCACACGGCUGGCUCCGCAGUGGUGGAUGGAAGAGGUGGAGCUACCAGACCGGCAUGGGAACAUGAGGCAGGCAUACAUCUGCACCCUUCGACUGCCUCUCAACUGCCCUGUUAAAUACAACAUUGUGGGUCAUCCGAUGCCGACCAGGGUGCUGGCGAGGAGGAUGGUCGCACUGCAGGCAUGCAGGAUCCUCCACAAAUCUGGCGAGUUGGACAACCAGCUGAUGCCCAUAGGCAAGGAGAACUUCAAGGCUGCGGAGUUGGACACCGUAGGGGGCGUUGGCGGCUCGGGGGGCGUCGGCGGCGGGAUCGACGCGGGGGACGCCGGCGACUCGGCGCGCCCCGGGACCACCAAGCGGCGCCAGUAUUACUACAAACGGACAGCGUGGGCCUUCACCGAUUGCCAGCCGGUGGUGGACGCGACCGACGCGGACCUGGAGGCGCCGCUCUCGCUGAGGCUAUGGGAGGAGAGCAGGCGAGACCUGACACCAGGCACGAAACGGAACACCCUGUACGCGAUCGAGUCCCGGCUGUGGUGCGCCCUCCCCGAGCGGUACAACACGCGGGGCAGGCGGCUGCACGCGCCGCAGCACGCCAGCCAGGCCAUCGGCAUACUCAUGGCGCGCCACCGCCCCGACAAGCUUCAGAUCCCGGCGUUCCCCGUGUACACACGUUCGGGCGAAGUGCGGGUCUCCGUCGAGCUGGCUGCAGAGGCGGACACGCGCCUUUCGCCGCGACGCGCCCGUUUAGUGCGCAGGUUCAUGCGUUUCGUGUUCGCGGACGUCCUGCGGGUGAGGAGGCGCGGCAUGAAGUUGCAGAGCGACGGCUCCGCCCACAACAACUACUACGUCGUGCCUACUAUAAAAGUGGUAAAAGAGGACGGCACGUCUAAAGUGGACGUGGACUGGGCCUUCCUCGAGCUGAUCUACAAGCACACAGAAGAGAAGAAGAACCUGGAGGUGGAGCGGCCGAACCUCUUCCAGCAGGAGGACGAGGAGGAGGACGACGAGGGGGGCGGAGAGGAGAGGCAGAGGGCGCGGGAGAAGGAAGAGAAGUCGAAGAAGAUGGAGAACCCGCUGCUGAAGCCGGGGGAGACGUUUGUGUUCGACGCGGAGAAGUACAACGACGCGGUCGUGACCCCCUGGUACAGGAAUCGCGACCAGCCGCAGUUCUUCCUGGUGGCGGAGAUCUGCUGGAACCUGAGCCCGGACUCGGCCUUCCCCUCCGCCACGCACACCACCUUCAGGGACUACUACAGCAGCAAGUACGGCGUGACGCUCACCCAGCCGCACCAGCCGCUGCUGGACGUGGACCACACCAGCGCCCGGCUGAACCUGCUCACGCCCAGAUACGUGAACCGCAAGGGGGUCGCGCUGCCCGUCUCCUCGGAGCGCACGCGCCGCGCCAAGCGCGACCGGCUCGACCAGAAGCAGAUCCUGGUGCCGGAGCUGUGCCGCGUGCACCCCUUCGCCGCGCCGCUCUGGUUCGCCACCGUGGCGCUGCCCUGCGUGCUCUACAGGAUCAACGCGCUGCUCAUAGCGGACGAGAUCCGGCGCGCCGUGGCGGUGGACGUGGGCCUCGGCGAGCCGGACAUCGACGAGGCGGCCCGGCCCGGCUUCCAGUGGCCGCCGCUCGACUUCGGCUGGAGCCUGGCCGAGGUGCUGAGCGCAGACUCGGAGAAGGGGGAGAAGAGGAAAGAAGACGAUGAGGAAGAAGAUUCGGACGGCCAGAAGCGGAGAGAAGUGAGGGCGAUAGAAGGCAACAAGGAGGCAGCGGCAGAAGGAGACGCGGAGGAGAAGAAAGAGCUGAAAGAGAAGACUAUUAACGACAUUUUGCAGGAGAAGGAGGACGCGGAAAACGGCUUCGAGAUCGGCACGUGGAGCAACGACAUGGCCUCCUCUAUCCCGGAACCUCUCGAGUACGACGAGUUCCUGGAGCCGCUCCCGGCCAACCUCACCUUCUGCACUUCCGCUUCCGGGGGCGCUAAUUGGAGCGAGCCGAUGGAGAAGCCAAAACUCCAGUACGGCGCGUCGAGGACAUUCUCCGUAGCGGACAGCGACUGUUCCUACAUGUCCAGUGACUUCGAUACGGACGACUCAGAUUUGAAUUCCGACGGUAGCUACGAGGACCCCGACUCCGGUGGGUUCUGCAGCAGCAAGAACUCCAACGCGGCGAUGGGGGUGCGCAUCGAGUACAAGACCGCCCACGAGGCGGAGGCGGUGGACGUGGUGCGCGCCCGCAGCGGCCCCCCGCCGCCGCAGCCCUGCCGCGCGGACGACGCGCUCGACCUGCGCCGCCACCGCGCCAGCCUGCGCGCCGCCAGCCCGCCGCCGGAGUACAUCGAGCAGUUCCGCGAAUCGGUUAAACGGCACGAAGCGGAGAUAGUCGAGAGAGGUCUACUCCUGGAGGCGAGUAGGCCGGUCAGCGACCUGCUGCCCGGCCCGUCGGAGAAGAGCAGAGAACGCAAGAGAUCGACGGAGAAGCUGCGGGAGAUAGAGGAGAUCUUCCCGUACGGCGCGCGGGAGAUAGAGUUCGAGGGUGGCCAGGUCACCCUCGAGAGCGUCGAGAGGAACAAACGGCUUCUGCUCUCCGAGCUGGAGAAGCGGCUGCCCAAAGAAGAGAAGAAGAGGAUGAGCUGCUUCUCCAUGAAGGACGUGGACAUCGACUCGCCUCGCUACGUUAACGAGAAGCUGGCUAACGUCGGCUUCGACUCUAAGGAGUGCUACCGGGAGAGGGUGGGCACGUGGCGGGAGGGGAGCGAGUUCCGCCCUUAUUACCAGGACGGUAAGGUGCAGAGUGGCAAGCCGUUCGACUUCGACCACCAGCCCGACCUGGAGGGGCACCCGGGGCCGAGUCCCAGUGUCAUUUUGCAGGCCCUAACCAUGUCUAACGCUAACGACGGCAUCAACCUGGAGCGGUUGGAGACCAUCGGCGACAGCUUCCUCAAGUUCGCCAUCACCGCGUACCUAUACUGCGCUCACCCCACAGUCCACGAGGGCAAGCUCAGCCACAUGAGGAGCAAGCAGGUGUCCAACCUGAACCUGUACCGUCUGGGGCGCAGCAAGCGGCUGGGCGCGCGCAUGACCGCCUCCAAGUUCGAGCCGCACGACAACUGGCUGCCACCCUGCCACCGCGCCCCGCCCACGCUGCACACCAGGCCGCCCGAAGGCCCAGACCACCUCCCCAUCGCGGACGGCACCGUCGACAACGCAGGCUGCUUCAUCCCGUACAACCUCAUCACUCAGCACAGCAUACCGGACAAGUCGAUAGCGGACUGCGUGGAGGCGCUGAUCGGCGCUUACCUGCUGGAGUGCGGGCCCAGGGGCGCGCUGCUCUUCAUGUCCUGGCUGGGCAUCAGGGUGCUGCCGAGGCACGACCUGCCGCUGCCCGAGGGGCACCCCUACGUGCAGGCCCACAUGGAGGGGGGGCCGGACGCGGCGGCGCCCGUCGCCGAGGAGAAGUGCCCGUCGCCGAAGCGCGAGCGACGUUCCUCGGCGUCGGAGUCGGAGUCAGAGUGGAACGAGGAGUCGGAGGGGGAAGGGGAGGAGGGGGAGGGGGCGCCGGGGGGAGGGGAGGCCUGGACUCAGGACGGGGGCCCGGAGCCCGACUGGGGCUGGCCGGGACGCGCGGUCGGCUCGCUGAGGCCGUACUGUAAAGGCGGCCGCUGGUACCAGCCAAUCUUCGGGGCUCUGAAGGCGCCUCCGUCACCCCUGCUGAGGUACAUCGAGGAUCCCGAGGGAGAGUUGGAGCAGAUGCUGUCGGGUUACGAGGCGCUGGAGAGGACGCUGCAGUACCGCUUCCGGGACAGGUCGCUGCUGCUGCAGGCGCUGACGCACGCGUCCCACCAGCGGAACCGCCUCACCGACUGCUACCAGCGGCUCGAGUUCCUCGGCGACGCGAUCCUGGACUACCUGAUAACGAGGCACCUGUACGAGGACGCGCGCCGCCACUCGCCCGGCGCCCUCACCGACCUGCGAUCGGCGCUCGUCAACAACACGAUCUUCGCAACGCUCGCCGCCCGCCACGGCUUCCACAAAUACUUCCGCCAUAUGUCGCCCGGCCUGAACGAGGUGCUGACGAAGUACGUCAAGAUUCAGGAGGAGAACGGUCACUCUAUAAGCGAGGAGCAUUACCUGAUAUACGAAGACGAGAUGGAGCAAGCGGAGGACGUCGAAGUGCCGAAGGCGCUGGGCGACCUGUUCGAGUCCGUGGCGGGCGCCAUUUUCUUGGACUCUGGCAUGUCCCUGGGCGCAGUGUGGCGUUCCUACGUAAGGCUGAUGGGCGCUGAGCUGGAGGCGUUCAGCGCGGCGGCGCCGAAGUCGCCCGUGCGGGAGCUCCUCGAGGCGGAGCCGGACACCGCCAAGUUCGGCAAGCCGGAGCGCCUGGCGGACGGGCGGCGGGUGCGCGUGUGCGUGGAGGUGUUCGGGCGCGGCGCGUUCAAGGGCGUCGGCCGCAACUACCGCAUCGCGAAGGGAACGGCGGCCCGCUGUGCGCUUCGCCACUUGCGCGUGCACCGGCCUCGC